GUCACGUGACUAAACACGGAAGUGUUAGAAGCAUGUACGUUUGGGUGGCUGACCCAGACCCGUAAAUAGAUUGGCAAACGUAAUAGUUUUUGCAAACCGAGAUAGAUGGAUUGCUGGUAAGUACACCGAACAGAGCAAUGCCUCUAGUUCCGGCGAACCAGCCGCAGCUGAUCCGCUCGAGUCAGAAGGAUGAGUACUACCAGAACAACCUGACAAACAACGCCAAUGAGCUCGUCCACACAUUUGCUGGCUCCAGACGUUGGCUUCAGUGGAGAAAGGAAAUUGAAUUACUGUCUGAUCUGACCUACUAUGUCUUAACAACUUUAUCUGGCUAUCAAACGCUGGGUGAGGAGUAUGUCAACAUCAUCCAGGUGGACCCCAGCAGGAGAAGAAUCCCCUCACGGAUGCGCAGAACCGCGCUCAUCUUCUUCCACACGUUCGUGUCUUAUCUUUUGGACAAGCUCUUGAUCUGCCUAGAGAAUGAGCUGGAAGCAGAAGCGCCUCAGACGAGCAGAGCGUGGGGGCCGUUGUCGCGCGUGCGGCUGUGGAUUCAGAGAGCUGUAGGGAUGCUGACGGAGUCUCAGAGGAAGUCUCUGAUUCCGCUCGUUUUUGCCCUGCAGCAGGGGAUCACACUGCUGUACAGAGUACACGUGGCUGUCUUUUACAUCACCGGAGCCUUUUACCACAUUGGCAAAAGAGCUGCAGGUGUUAGUUAUCUGAGAGUGGGAAAUGUGUCUGGCGAUGACCCUCGGAUCGGUAACAGUUACCGUCUGCUGGGGGCUUUGUCCCUGCUGCAGCUGAGCAUCACUCUCACACUGCAGUUCAACAACCUCAGGCAGAGACAGAGAGCUCGACACGAGUGGAAACGGCACAGAAACCUGCUCCCCAGCCAUCAGGUCAGUCAGCCGUCGUCUCGCUCUGCGCGCUGUAUCUUGUGUUUGGAGGAGCGCAGGAACACCAGCAGCACUCCCUGUGGUCAUCUCUUCUGCUGGGAGUGCAUUACUGAGUGGUGCAAUACCAAGACCGAAUGUCCGCUGUGUCGAGAGAAGUUCCAGCCUCACAGGUUGGUUUACCUGAGGAACUACAAGUAGACCGUGGGUUGAUCAAGACUAAAAUAAGUGUUUGCAAUUGCAGGGUGUGAAAAUUAAAAUGCAAGUUUCAUCCUGUCAUUUUUGUAAUUUAAUUUGUUGAUUGUGCACAUUAUUUAAUGGUAAAAGUAACAUUUAUGCAAAUAAACUAAUAUUUUCACAUAAA